AUGCGAAAUAAAUCAUCAGCAGCAAACCGCCGCAGCAUAGAAACUAAUUUUGUUAUUAAACCACACAGCUUGUUGUACCUAUACACCAGCAGCAGCAGCAGCAGCAGCAGCAGCAGCAGCAGCAGCAGCAGCAGCAGCAGCAACAGCGGCAGCAGCGGCAGCAGCAGCAGGGGGAGCGGCAGCGGGAGCGGCGGCAGCAGCAGGAAGAGGGAGAGGAGGAGAGCAGCAGCAGCAGCAGCAGCAGAAGAGCAGCAGCAGCAGCAGCAGGAGGUGCAGCAGCAGCAGCAACAGCAGCAGCAGCAGCAGCAGCAGGAACAACAGAAGGAGCAUUAG